AUGGCAGCGAGAUGUCUAUAUCCUUGCAGCAUACGUUCGAAGCGCACGGAUCAAGCGCACGGAUCGGGCGCUCGACUCACAUGUACGUUCCACGCACCCGCUUCCGCCCGUCGCACUCCCUUCCGCACGCCUGCACUCCCUUCCGCACGUCGCACUCUCUUACGCCCAUCAAACUCCCUCCCGCCGUCGCCCUACUGCCCGUCGCUCUCCCUAGCGCACGUCGCACUCACUUCCGCCGACGCUCCCUUCCGCCCGUCACCUUCCCUUCCGCCCGUCGCACUCACUUCCGCCGUCGCCAUCCCUUCCGCCCGUCGCCCGUCACCUUCCCUUCCGCCCGUCGCCCUCCCUUCCGCCCGUCGCCCUCCCUUCCGCCGUCGCCAUAGAUUCCGCCCGUCGCUCGUCGCCAUGCCUUCCGCCCGUCGCCCUCCCUUCCGCCCGUCGCCCUCCCUUCCGCCGUCGCCAUCCCUUCCGCCCGUCACCCUCCCUUCGUCUCGUCGCCCUCCCUUCCUCCCAUUGCCCUCCCGACCACCCGCCGCCCUACCUUCCCCUCGUCGCGCUCCCUUCCGCCCGUUGCCCCCCUUUGUCUCGUCGCGCUCCCUGCUGCUCAUCGCCCUCCCUCCUGCUCGUCCCCUCGCAAUCCCCGUAUCUCUCUCCCCUCGUCGCCCUGGCACCUCCGUCACUGUCGCCAUCCCUCCCAUCUCCCUUCCCACCUCAUUUGGGCCAGUCACGCCCCCUUUCCAACCAACACACACGGUGGCCCUUCCCCUAAUGAUCGCCUUUCACCACCACACCGCUUACCUCUCUCCUUCCCCACACCACCUUUGGCCUUCCUCCCCCAAUCCCCUUCCCUGCUUCCCCGUGUCCCUUUCCCUGCUUCCCCCCAUCUCCUUCCCUUCUUCCUCCCACCCCCUUCCCAUCUAUUCCCCCCAUCCCCGUCCCUGCUUCCCCAUGUCCCCUUCCCUGCUUCCCCGUGUCCCUUUCCCUGCUUCCCCCCAUCCCCUUCCCUUCCUCCCCCCAUCCCCUUCCCUGCUUCCCCAUGUCCCUUUCCCUGCUUCCCCCCAUCCCCUUCCCUGCUUCCCCCCAUCCCCUUCCCUGCUUCCCCGUGUCCCUUUCCCUGCUUCCCCCCAUCCCCUUCCCUGCUGUCCCCCAUCCCCUUCCCUGCUUCCCCCUGUGCCCUUCCCUGCUUCCCCGUGUCCCUUUCCCUGCUUCCCCCCAUCCCCUUCCCUUCUUCCCCCCAUCCCCUUCCCUUAUGUUCCCCCAUCCCCUUCCCUGCUUCCCCAUGUCCCCUUCCCUUCCUCCCCCCAUCCCCUUCCCUGCUUCCCCAUGUCCCUUUCCCUGCUUCCCCCCAUCCCCUUCCCUGCUUCCCCGUGUCCCUUUCCCUUCCUCCCCCCAUCCCCUUCCCUGCUUCCCCAUGUCCCUUUACAAGCUUCCCCCCAUCCUUUCCUUGCUUCCCUCCAUCCCCUUCCCUGCUUUCCCAUGUGUCUUCCCUUCCUCCCCCCAUCCCCUUCCCUGCUUCCCCAUUUCCCCUUCCCUGCUUCCCCAUGUCCCCUUCCCUUCCUCCCCCCAUCCCCUUCCCUGCUUCCCCGUAUCCCUUUCCCUUCCUCCCCCCAUCCCCUUCCCUGCUUCCCCAUGUCCCUUUCCCUUCCUCCCCCCAUCCCCUUCCCUGCUUCCCCAUGUCCCUUUACAAGCUUCCCCCCAUCCUCUUCCUUGCUUCCCUCCAUCCCCUUCCCUGCUUUCCCAUGUGUCUUCCCUUCCUCCCCCCAUCCCCUUCCCUGCUUCCCCCCAUCCCCUUCCCUUCUUCCCCCCAUCCCCUUCCUUUAUGUUCCCCCCAUCCCCUUCCCUGCUUCCCCAUGUCCCCUUCCCUGCUUCCCCAUGUCCCCUUCCCUUCCUCCCCCCAUCCCCUUCCCUGCUUCCCCAUGUCCCUUUCCCGGCUUCCCCCCAUCCCCUUCCCUGCUUCCCCCCAUCCCCUUCCCUGCUUCCCCCCAUCCCCUUCCCUGCUUCCCCGUGUCCCUUUCCCUUCCUCCCCCCAUCCCCUUCCCUGCUUCCCUCCACCCCCUUCCCUGCUUUCCCAUGUGUCUUCCCUUCCUCCCCCCAUCCCCUUCCCUGCUUCCCCAUGUCCCUUUCCCUGCUUCCCCCCAUCCCCUUCCCUGCUUCCCCCCAUCCCCUGCCCUUCAUCCCCCCAUCCCCUUCCGUGCUUCCCUGUGUCCCUUUCCCUGCUUCCCCAUGUCCCCUUCCCUGCUUCCCCCCGUCCCCUUCCCUGCUUCCCCCCAUCCCCUUCCCUGCUUCCCCGUGUCCCUUUCCCUGCUUCCCCCCAUCCCCUGCCCUUCAUCCCCCCGUCCCCUUCCCUGCUUCCCCCCAUCUCCUUCCCUUCUUCCUCCCAUCCCCUUCCCUUAUUUUCCCCCCAUCCCCGUCCCGCCUUCCCCAUGUCCCCUUCCCUGCUUCCCCGUGUCCCUUUCCCUGCUUCCCCCCAUCCCCUUCCCUUCCUCCCCCCAUCCCCUUCCCUGCUUCCCCGUGUCCCUUUCCCUGCUUCCCCCCAUCCCCUUCCCUGCUCCCCCCCAUCCCCUCCCCUGCUUCCCCAUGUCCCUUUCCCUUCCUCCCCCCAUCCCCUUCCCUGCUUCCCCAUGUCCCUUUACAAGCUUCCCCCCAUCCUCUUCCUUGCUUCCCUCCAUCCCCUUCCCUGCUUCCCCAUGUCCCUUUCCCUGCUUCCCCCCAUCCCCUUCCCUGCUUCCCCCCAUCCCCUGCCCUUCAUCCCCCCAUCCCCUUCCGUGCUUCCCUGUGUCCCUUUCCCUGCUUCCCCAUGUCCCCUUCCCUGCUUCCCCCCGUCCCCUUCCCUGCUUCCCCCCAUCCCCUUCCCUGCUUCCCCGUGUCCCUUUCCCUGCUUCCCCCCAUCCCCUGCCCUUCAUCCCCCCGUCCCCUUCCCUGCUUCCCCCCAUCUCCUUCCCUUCUUCCUCCCAUCCCCUUCCCUUAUUUUCCCCCCAUCCCCGUCCCGCCUUCCCCAUGUCCCCUUCCCUGCUUCCCCGUGUCCCUUUCCCUGCUUCCCCCCAUCCCCUUCCCUUCCUCCCCCCAUCCCCUUCCCUGCUUCCCCGUGUCCCUUUCCCUGCUUCCCCCCAUCCCCUUCCCUGCUCCCCCCCAUCCCCUCCCCUGCUUCCCCAUGUCCCUUUCCCUUCCUCCCCCCAUCCCCUUCCCUGCUUCCCCAUGUCCCUUUACAAGCUUCCCCCCAUCCUCUUCCUUGCUUCCCUCCAUCCCCUUCCCUGCUUUCCCAUGUGUCUUCCCUUCCUCCCCCCAUCCCCUUCCCUGCUUCCCCCCAUCCCCUUCCCUUCUUCCCCCCAUCCCCUUCCUUUAUGUUCCCCCCAUCCCCUUCCCUGCUUCCCCAUGUCCCCUUCCCUGCUUCCCCAUGUCCCCUUCCCUUCCUCCCCCCAUCCCCUUCCCUGCUUCCCCGUGUCCCUUUCCCUGCUUCCCCCCAUCCCCUUCCCUGCUUCCCCCCAUCCCCUUCCCUGCUUCCCCAUGUCCCUUUCCCUUCCUCCCCCCAUCCCCGUCCCUGCUUCCCCAUGUCCCUUUACAAGCUUCCCCCCAUCCUCUUCCUUGCUUCCCUCCAUCCCCUUCCCUGCUUUCCCAUGUGUCUUCCCUUCCUCCCCCCAUCCCCUUCCCUGCUUCCCCCCAUCCCCUUCCCUUCUUCCCCCCAUCCCCUUCCUUUAUGUUCCCCCCAUCCCCUUCCCUGCUUCCCCAUGUCCCCUUCCCUGCUUCCCCAUGUCCCCUUCCCUUCCUCCCCCCAUCCCCUUCCCUGCUUCCCCGUGUCCCUUUCCCUGCUUCCCCCCAUCCCCUGCCCUUCAUCCCCCCGUCCCCUUCCCUGCUUCCCCGUGUCCCUUUCCCUGCUUCCCCCCAUCCCCUUCCCUUCGUCCCCCCAUCCCCUUCCUUUAUGUUCCCCCAUCCCCUGCCCUUCAUCCCCCCAUCCCCUUCCCUGCUUCCCCAUGUCCCCUUCCCUGCUUCCCCAUGUCCCCUUCCCUUCCUCCCCCCAUCCCCUUCCCUGCUUCCCCGUGUCCCUUUCCCUGCUUCCCCCCAUCCCCUUCCCUGCUCCCCCCCAUCCCCUCCCCUGCUUCCCCAGUGGAGGUGGGAGCGGGUGUGGGGGCAGUGGGGAGCUGCGACGAGGAGGAGCAGCCCCUGGCGCUGGCAGCUUCCAUGGAGGGGCACACAGAGGAAGAGGGGGGCGAGGUGGGGAGGUGGGCAAGGUGA